AUGUCUCAAAGAGACUGGCAUGAAGUCACGAUACGAAUCCCGUUUACUUCACCAGAACAUGCAAAGAUUGCUAUGGAUGUCAUCAGCGUGGACAAGGAGCUACAAGCUCAUGCAGUGAAACGAGAUCUCUCAUUGGAUGGUGACGAACUUGUCGCAACCUUCAAAACAUUAACUGUGCGCCUCGCAAGACUGACGUUGAAUGCCUAUCUCGAAAACGUCGAGCUGAUAAUACGGACACUGGACGAAUUUGGACCUGACGCAGCGACGAUUUGA